CAGAAAAAUACUUUCGUUUUUGAGUCUUCCACGUCGCUGGCACGCUACUUCCUCACACAAAUUUAAAGGUUUGUUUGUCACGCAGAAAAUGAGCAAUACAGAGGAUAAACUUCUGAAUACAGAGCUGACCAAGCUGGAAUGUCACUUCACGUGGGAUAUGAAAAAAGAAGAUACAAACAUCACUGAUCAUUUAACAAGACUGGAGCAGAACCGUGACUUAAACCUCGGGGAGGAGGCUGGUACUGCACGCACGCACAACUCUUUGGCAUACGUCAAGUAUCUCUUGGGUUCUUAUGAAGAAGCCCUUACAAAUUUACAGAAGUCUGAGGAGAUCACUAAAGAUUGUUAUGGGGACAACUGUGAUGAGAGACUCAUUGUUACUUAUGGAAAUUUCGCUUGGUUACACUUUCACAUGAAACAGUAUGCUGAAUGCAAAAAAUACCUGGACAAACUGAAGGAGAUCCAAGAAGAAAAACCUCCUGUCUCCACUUCUGUUCUUUAUCCUCAUGUGGUUGGUGAGAAGGCAUGGGCCUUGUUUAAAUUUUCACGUAAAUACUAUGGCAGAGCUAAAGAGUGUUUCAGAAAGGUGUUAGAGCUAGAGCCGGAAGAAGGUGAGUGGAAUGCUGGUUAUGCCAUUGUACUAAACAGAACAGAAAGUAAUUGCUCCAAAAUUGCAAUUCAACAACUUCGAUGGGCACUACAAACAAACCCAGAUUAUGAUGAACUAAAAGUACUUUUAGCUCUGAGACUUGCCCGAUUGAAGCAGUUUGAUGAAGCAGAGGAUCUGGUGGAAAGUGCUCUUGAGAUGUCUCCAGAUAAUCCAUAUGUGAUUCGAUAUGUGGGGAAAUACUUUAGAAAUUAUGGGUCUGUAGACUGGUCUAUGAGCCUGUUGAAAAGAGCAUUGGAUGUUGCUCCAGAUUCAUCGUUAAUACACCAUCAGUUAGCUCUGUGCUACAAGAAGAAAAAAGAACAAUUAAAGGAUAAAUUUGAAAGUCAGAGAUUUCGUCAUUUGAGCAUCUCCCAUUUUGAAAAGGCUGUCACUCUGGAUAGUGGUUUUAUUCUUGCGAUGGCACAACUGGCAGCUAUCUACAGUGAGGACGGACAAAUCGGUCGGGCUGAUGAAGUGUUUCAGACAGCUUUGUCCACAGCUAAAGACAAAACUUCAAUUCAAGCACUUUACUUGUAUUUUGGCAAAUUCCAGCAGUACAGCAAAUGUUGGCUGUUGGCUGUUAGAUAUUACAAAGUCUGUCUAAAAAUGGGACCAGAUACAAAAGAUGGGAAGGAAAGUCAUGAGAAUCUGAGAAAGAUCGCUAGCAAGCGUUUAUCUAAAAACAGAUAUGACACAAGGGCUUUAGGGAUAUUAGAGUUCAUUGAGCAAGUAACAGGUGGUAAUCAAUCCACUACAGAGGACUGUGAGCAUGUUCUGGAAUCUACAUUUAAUGAGAAACAGUAACUGUAUAUUGGAGUUAUAUAUUGAUUUUGCAUAGAUUUUGUGCACUGAGCUUUUAGGGGGUGUCGGGCAAGUGAAGCUUACUAAUGUUUUCAUCACAUCCCAACUCAGCCUUGCCCUGCCUUUUACAAUACAUACUGUUCCGAGCUUUAGAGAAAAUCAUACCUUUACAUCUUUAUUCAGAAAUUAAAGGAUAUCUAAUAAAAAUAGAUAUAGGCCCGGUUUUACAGACGAGGCUUAUGGCUAGGCCCAGACUAAAAGGAAUUUUGAGCUUUCUUAACUGAAAAUAUCUUACCCUGACAUAUCUUAAAAUAUGUCAGUGCCAUUGUUUUGUCUGAAGAUGCACAACAGUAAUGUUGUUUCUAAGGCAUUUUUAUAAAAGCGACUUAAAUAGCCUAAAUUAACAAAGGUGUAGUCCUGACAUGGACUUUAUGCUUUCUAAACAUGAACUUUUGUUAAUGUAACUCCAUUAUGUUUAAAAGCACAAUUAUAUAAAUAUUAAUUUAAAUAUAGGUUAAAAAUAUGCAAACUAAACAGAUAAAAAUAUUGUAAUGUAUGAACACAGACACGUAUGUAUGUGUAUGUGUGUGUGUGUGUGUGUGUGUGUGUGUGUAUGUAUGUAUAUAUAUAUAUAUAGUUAUACACAUAUACAUGUAGCAGAGUCUUGCUUUGGUUAAGUUAAACCUCAAAUCACCUGAUUAUAUAGAAUGUAUCAGCAUAUCUUUGCUGGGUGUUCAUAAUUCAAUCUACAAAUCUUUUUCAAUAUCAUAAAUGUUAUUCCCUUAAAAUGUUUAGUAUGGCUGGAUA